CUAAGGCCUCGAGGGAGACCCCGGGGCUGCGUGAUGCCCUCGAUGGCUCUAAAUGCGCAGAAGGUCGGUCUGACGCAAACACUUGCACUUGUCUGCGUGAAGCUUGCAUCUUCUCGUUGGGAAGGUGAGCAUUGAAUGACGGAUGAGAUAAGCAAAGGUCUGCGUUUUACGAGCUCCAGUGGUUGUCGCUGAACGAUUGAAUAGAGGAAUGUGAAGACGAAAUUAUUUGCGCGCGUGGCGUUUGUAUGUAUUGGACGCCAUUCUUUUAUACGGAUGACGACACAAGUUGUCGUAAGUUCACAAUUACUUGCGUUGGUGCUUCUCAAAACAAAACGUGCUACCCGUUCACUACUGCGCUGACUUUUCUUCUUGGUGCGAUCAAAUCUUGCGCCAAACCAACGUGCCACAAGGAGAUCAAACUUCGCAAUAGGCGGUUUGAAAAUUUCAUUGUUACAAAUCAUUUGGAUAUUGCAGGUUUGAGCCUAGUGAUUGAAUAAUUGCAAGGCAUAUUGAUUUGGACGAAGUACUCAAAUGGGAAUGAAAAGCCAGACAUAAGUUUUUGAGGAUGAACAUGUAACAUGCUGGAGGUGUAUGUUAUUAUAUUCAAACGUUGUCCAGCGUCUAAAAAUCAAGGGUAUAGAAACAGAUUCUGUGACGUGCACUCGAAUACUAAGGAAUGGCACAGUGGUCGACCUAUGGAAACUUUGACAGAAAUACAGAGUUGGAACACUGUUGCCGCGCAGGUCACAGUAGUUCGUUUCUGUUGCAUGCAGAAAGCAGUGGUCGUAUUUGUCUUCAAUGUCUCUCUAAUCUGAUCAGCGACCGUUCUUCUUUCCUCAUCCAUCGAAUUUAUGCAAUUGAUGAGUUUUUGACGGCGUUAAAGGACGAUCAGUUUUCAACUGAGCUGAUGGUUUAUCAUGUCCACUUGCUCAUCACUCCGCUCUCUGAAGCAAUUGGUUCAAGUGACGACGCUGCAUUUAGCAAAAAAAUAAUGGAUGCGGUCCUUGUCAUCUGUCAGUUAGGUGACAGUUGUGGCAAGUCUCUUGUAGAAGAAUUUUUACUUCAGAUUACUAAUCAAAUCAGCAACCGGUCUCAGUGGAACCCAGCUCAGUACCAUAUUCUGCAUUUAUUGGGACUAUUGUUGGAGACCUAUUGCCAAGAAAACGACGAUAUUCCAGAAAUUAAGAACGAGAGAAGUUUUUUUGCUAACCUGAUUUCUGGCCUUCAAAUCUCGGGAGCCGAGUUUCAAGGCGAGGUGCUGUACGUUUUAUACAAAGUAGCAUCGUUUCAAAAUGGUACAGAACAGCUUCUUCGCCAUUGCCCAAAAGUUUGUGAAGAAACAAUAUACGCCUUACUGAAGACCGACAGUGACGAAUUAAGGAUCAACUCUUUAGCUCUUCUCAACACUCUGGCUGAACGCUCAGUGUUUAAGAUAAAAUUAUCUUCGGAAUCGGAGGAUGAAGGGUGUCGACUUCCACUGAAUAGCGGAAGUACAUGCAAUCAAACACUGUCCCUGGCAAAUACAUUCAUUGAGGCAAUGAAAGUUUGUCUUCUAUCUUCCGACAACCAAGUUCAGGCAUCUGCUCUCCAUUUGAUCAGCGUAUUGUAUUCAGAUAGAAUUUGCUUCCAAGAUGAGCUUCAAGAUCUUGUUGAGGGAGGUAUUCUGGACUACGUGGUUGAAGUCUUAAGGCUCUCAGGUGAUCGGGAGGCUCUCCAGUCGUUGGCCUUGGAUGUACUCAUUUUGCUGUCAUACGCGAAGCUUUCAUUCAUGCGUCGGUUCCCAUUACUGAUACAGACAUUGAUUCAUGUUCUUGAAAAAACCACAGAUUCACCGUAUUAUCGGUUGCAAAGUAAAAUACUUGAUCUGCUAUCUGAAGGUCUAGCUCAGAGCCCAGGCAUGCUACAGACGGCUCCCGCUGAGCAACUCCUCUCUAUCCUCUCGAAAUUAGUUGAAGAAUGCAAAAUUAUUAUGGAUCAGAGUGUCGAGGAUGGUGACGAUGUCCGACUUCCACCAACAUUUACUGGUCUAUGUUCAGCCCUUGCUCUUCUUAUUGAAGACCCACGUAUUUCCCUUCAGCCGAAGACUUCCCACAUGCUUCAAACUGCUGCUUCAUAUGCCGCAAUACUAGCGGCAGUGGACGUUAAAACGAGUACAGAUUUAUCUAGUUUAAAGGCUGCUGUAUUCCUUGUCCACGCUGUGUUAGGCUAUAACCAGAGACAGAUACUUCAAAACAAGUCAGUUAGCCUAAUCCAAGGAAACCUUGUAGAAGUAUGUGAGAGAUACGUGCUUCCUGCCUUGAAGGAAAAUCUGGAUAUGGUGGAAGAUGUAGAUCUUAUAUUAAUAGUUUUCAACACCUUCACUCUUAUCUUGAGAACGGACAUAGCAGACCACAAGGCUGAUACAUUUCCCCAAAAACUAGCCCUUAAUAAGGUCUUUACACUAGCUUACGAAUUGUUGGCUCGCUUUCCAGAUCCUGUACUGAAAGACAAUCUUUACCGUUUUUUGGGUUCUUUGAUCUCAAGACUUGAAGGAGACCGGUUUGAAGAUCAUAUCGUUAAUGCUUUUCAGAGUCUGCCUUCUGAUCUCACCAGUCUCCUGGCAGUACUAGAGCAAAGGAUCAAGGGACAAGAGCAACUGAUUUCAGCCCAGCAUGCAAUAAUCUGGAUUCUUUAUACGAGCUCUGCUUGUAAUGAUAGACUGGCUUCGGAGGCUGAGAUUAUUCCAUCUUUGGAGCAGCAUCUUCUUGUAAAUAAAGGCUCAACACUAGUGGAUUCUUCAGCUUCAAAGCAAACUCUGAUAAUGUUUAUUGAACUUUACGUCGGUAACAAAAUACCUCUUGAAAUUAGGAAUAUAUCUUGCAGCUAUGAAGCAGAGAUGAUUUUCGAUGCCAUCUUAAAUAACUCAGAUGGCAUUAGUCUGCUUUCUGCAGAGACCCCGAAGACUAUUCUUAGAUGGUUCUUACAAAGAGAUUCGUUGAGGGAAUUUACUAUGAGGCAGAUUUUUGCAUGGUUCACCUUGGCUGAAGAUAUGUUCUUACAAGAGGACAAAGAAGUUACCUCAUCAUCAUCAGAUUUCCUGGGAGGAAAAAGGGACUCCGAGCAUCUAAGGGCUCUUUCCGAGCUUAUUGCCGAAGAAGCCUGUGGUACAAUCUUGCUUGUUUCAUUGUUCCACAGAGUUGUCGAUCAGGGUGAUGAUGAUGGAAUCAAAGUCGUGGUUCGGGCACUGACAAAUAUAGCCCGUAUGGCUUCGGGUGUCGGAUAUCAGCUACUAUGUUACAAUUUUGAACUCAGCUUGCUCCCAGUGAUUCACCCCCAAAAUGUGAAUACUUCUAACGAUACUCGAAAGUUUUGUGUGGUUCUCCUGUUUCAAAUGUUGUACGAGUUUAAUAACGAAGUGGAGGUCUUGGUUGAGAGAUCUUGGCUUGAUGUGGCUAACCAGUGUGCCAACUUAAUUUUAGUUCAUAAAAACGUUACCUUCGACGACAAACUGCUUCCUUUUCUCAGUCUGAUCAACCUUAUACUGUUCAAAUCAAAUGAAGAAAAUUGUCUUGUGGGAGCAGCGGAAGCUUUAGCUUGUAACAGAACUCUUCGCACAAGGCUGGAAGAUCAUAUCCUAAAGGCAUCAUCUGAGUGUGUGAACAUUUCACAAAUUGACCUUAUUUCGGCGGAAGCAAAAUUGUUAUGUGGCGUACUGGUCUUUCAUCUGUUGUGGUUGAGAUGGUCGCUCAAAUUCCACUCUGAAAGAAAAAGUGCUCUGACUGCUCAUGAAACUCCCUACAUUGGUUUCGAAGCUUGUCAAUGGUCAACGACUGAAGACUGCAACAGAUAUUAUGGAACCUCUGUCACGUGCAAGGAACUGUGCCAGAUUGUGUACAACGGUCCUGCAACCUUGAAAGUCCUUAGUUCAGCCUGCAUUGCCGAAAUCUUUUCUCAAUUGCACAUCGAAUGUGAUACAGAAUCUUCAGAUGCAAUCAAGAAAAUUGAUCUACCGAAUGCAUUUCUCAUGUCCAUCACGAUGACCCUGCAAGGUUCCAUAUUAGAAGACUUGGAACUCGUUAGCAGAAAUGCGAGCACCAGCUUAUUUCUAAUUUUACAGAGCCCUGCACUCAAUCCUCAACUGAGAAGAAAGGCGGCAGACAAUCCAUGGAAUCGGAUACUGGUUGAACAUUUCGUUGACUCUCUUUCUGCGGCAAGGAAGGAUGGACGAACAUGUACAUGUGGAAGAUCUCGUUGUUAUGCAGCUCAUGUGGUUUUGGGAGUUCUGAGGGUUACUCCAACACCCGAAUGGGUGCAAACAGUUUUUUCAAGGAGGAUCCUAAGCGAGAUAACAGUCAAUCUUUCAGAAGACAAAGUCAGUCCAGUUGUUAUAUGUAUCUUCCAUGAGCUCCUCCUUUUGAAAUACCUUCCAGACGAACUUGUGAUAAAGAUUCGCAACCUUUUGCAAGCCAUGAAGAAAAACCUUUACGAUUCGGCAUGUUCUUUGAUCGAAGUAGGGACAUCUAAUACCCACACCAAGCUUUCACACCCGACUGAGUACAUCCCUUAUAUGGAGUCCGAUGAUUUUCUUCAAAGUGCACUCUUCGAGCUUGUUCUUCAAUCCUCGAGGAAACCAACUGUAAGUCUCUGCCUAGAGACAGAUUUUGAGAACAUGUCCUUGUACACAACUGGUAUCACUUGCAUAUCUAUCAUAGACAAAUUCAUGCAACUCAGCUCCCUCUCCGUGGAAUAAUAUAAUGUAUCAGGAUCAUUCUUAAGAUGAGAAUGCUUUGGAGGCGAUGUCCUUUAAUAUGGCUGGUUGCCAAAGACCAUCGUUAAUUUUUUAUCAUUUUUUUAGUAAGCUCUUACCUUGGGCUUUAGACCUUCAGAAGAUGUCAACGAUGUGUUUCAUCUACUUUUACCCACCAUAUCUGAUGCAAAUUUACAUAUAUCCC